GACUAGGUUCUUAUCGCAUCUUCUCGUCUAUAUCCUGGCCUCAGUCUCUGGUGGAGCCGAAACCGAUGUGCGGAAAAUCUGCACGACGCAGGGGUUUCUGCGUGCCGAGAUAUCCACCUCAGGGUUCCUUCACUCUAGCUGCAUAAGCUUAGGGUCCUACCAACGGUGAGAAUUAAUAGUUCUGGAAAAUAUUGCAAUACAAGACCCUAGAUAGUGCAUUUCUUCACCCAUGAAGCCUUUAUCCAACUGAAUGUUGCAUUACCGAGACGCGCUAUAGGAGCUUAUAAUGCAUUGACAAACGGUAUUUGUUAUCCGCUUUAUACUUAUAUAUAUAGAGUUCCAGUUUAGUCAAGGACUGUUUCGUGUGGUCACUUGCAUACUGUCACCUUCCUCCUAUCGAUCUCCUGCUGUCCCUCGCACUCCAAAACAACAGCGCCAUGCAGAUCACGCCCAGCCUUUUGGGCAGCCUCCUCGCCCUCCUGGUCUCUCAGAGCGGCGCAGCUUACGCUGCUGACUCGGAGCAGACCAGUGAAGUCGGCGAGGCUGUCAAGGGUGAUUACCUGGCUGAGGAGGCAUUUCAGCUUACGGACGCCUCACUUCCCCAGAUUGAUGACAUCGAUCCCGAUCAUGCCUCGCUUUUCUACCCUGAGAAUGCAUCCAAGCGUCGAAGUCUAAGUUCUCGUACUGCGACGAAAUGCAAGACUUUCCCUGGAGACUUUCUCUGGCCGAAGGAGCCUGUCUGGAAGUUACUUGACUUGAUCACUGGUGGCGCUCUUGUCAAGACUGUUCCCAUUGCAGCGUCAUGCUACGACAACCUUGGUGUUUACGAUAAGGCUCGAUGCCGUUAUGUCGUCGACAAUUGGUCCAACUCUUCUCUCCAUAUCGCCGACCCAACCUCAGUGAUGUGGCCCCUAUACCAAGGUCGCACAUGCCAACCGGGUGAGAAGGUUGAAGGUAAUUGCACCCUUGGUGGCUACCCUUCCUACGUCGUCGAUGCGCAGAACGUCGCCCACCUACAAUUGGCUGUCAACCUUGCCCGGUCGCUCAACAUGCGACUCGUCAUUAAGAACACUGGCCACGACUUUAAUGGACGAUCUGCUGGUGCCGGUGCCUUGUCGAUCUGGACCCAUCGCUUCAAGGGUAUCCAGUUCUACAAGAGCUACAAGACCAAGUCUUACAGUGGACCUGCCCUUAAGGUUGGAGCUGGUGUCAUUGGCGCUGAGCUUUAUGAGGCGGCUGAUAAAUAUGGUGUCACUGCUGUUGGAGGUGAAGGCAUGAGCGUGGGCUUUGCGGGAGGAUACCUUGCUGGUGGUGGACACUCGCCUAUGUCCCCCCUCUAUGGAAUGGGUGCCGAUCAGAUCCUCAGCAUCGACGUCGUCACUGCAGAUGGGCAAUUUGUUACCGCCAACCAGGAAGAGAAUACCGACCUAUUCUGGGCCCUCAGCGGUGGUGGUGGGAGCACAUACGGUGUCGUGACUUCAUAUACUGUCAAGGCAUUCCCCAAGAUCAAUGCUUCUAUCAUGACAUUCUCUUUCGGCACUAGCGAAACGGUCUCCUAUGAUACCUUCUGGAUGGCUGUAAGAGCUUACUGGAAGGCUAUUCCUACUUUUAAUGAUGCAGGUAACUACGAGUACUGGGGUGUCUUUCAUGGAGAAGGCGAUGCACUCAUCUUUUCUUUCUUCCCUUGGUUUGCGCCUAACCAUACUCUUGCUGAGUUGAAGGCUUUGACUGCACCUCUUUUCAUGAUCUGGAAGGACCUUGGUAUUGAGUUUGAUGUUGUCGAGUCUGAGCAUGAUAGUUACUAUGGAGCUUGGUCGGCUGGUUUCCCUCGUGAGGUUGUUGGUGGUGCCAAGACCAAGACUGCUGGUCGUCUCUUCCCUACUGAGAACCUCGUAGACCCAGCCAAGUUUGAGAAGACCUUUGACGCACUCAAGAGCCUUUCUGAUAAGGGUGGACAGAUCAUUGGCUUCGGUAUUACUGGAGGACCGGGCCCUUACCCAGAUAACGCUGUCAACCCUGCAUGGCGAGGUGCUGCCAUGUGGGCCAUCUCUGUCAUUGACUUCCCUGAGGGCAGCUCAUGGGAUGUUGUUGCUGAGAAGAGCAAGACAUUGACAAAUGAUUGGAUGAAGCCAUGGAGGGAUGUGACACCCGGCGGUGGUGCGUACGCCUCUGAGGCUGAUGUGACUGAGCCCAACUUCCAGCAGUCCUUCUAUGGUGCUGCUAAGUAUAAGAAGCUUCUUGCCAUCAAGGAUAAGGUCGAUCCUAAUGGUCUGUUCUAUGCGCUUCAGGGUGUUGGUAGCGAGCGAUGGUAUGUCACGGACCAAGUUCCUGGUGUGCCUACCCAGAAUGGUCGUCUCUGCAGGGUAUAGACCCCCGACAUGCGAAUUGGGCUCCCCCCAGGCUUGAGUCCCGGAGAGACUUAUUGGAAUUCACGCGGGCAGUUGACAGAGGCAUUUUAUUUUGUUAAAAUUUAAUAAUAACGAUGUAUCUAGCUAUAUAUAUAUAUAAGACGAUAGAGAAGAAAGAAAUCAGUAGAUUAGUACCUAUAAAAUUAUUUUUCUUCAUCAUCGGUCAAGGAACAUGCAGAGGAAAGCAUAUAACUGGU